UGGGAGACGCCACGAGGGGCAGCAGUGCACUGUUAAAGACGCUAACUGCCGGAGGAAGAAGAAAAUCUGACGUCAUCACGUAGAACGUGUAUCACUGAAGCAACAUGGCUCUGAACGGAGAUGACAAGGACUUUGACUGGGAGCCUCCAACAGAGGCAGAGAUGAAGGUGAUCCAGGCUCGCAGGGAGCGACAAGACAAAAUCAGCAAGCUGAUGGGAGACUACCUGCUCAAAGGAUUCAGGAUGCUGGGAGAGUGCUGCGAUGUGUGUGGGACAAUCCUUCUCCAAGACAAACAGCAUAAAAACUACUGCGUCUCUUGUCAGGAGCUGGACUCUGAUGUUGACAAGGACAAUCCUGCUCUGAAUGCACAGGCAGCGUUGUCCCAAGUGAGGGAGAGACAGCUGGCAGCUCAGUCCACUGCACCGUCCCAGGCCCCGGAACUCAACGGAGGCCCCAGCAGCAGCAGUCAGGCAAGUGUGUUGGUUCCUCUGCCCAGGCCGGAGCACUGCGAGGGGGCUGCAGCAGGGGGAAGAGCGCUCCUGCCUCCGCCUGCUGUCCCUUCUCCUGCACCCCCUCCCCCCACCCCUGCUCUGGCCCCUCCUCGACCCCCGGUUGUCCCACAGAACCCACCCCUCCAAUCUAUGUUGCAAGAAGCUGAGGAGGCUGUUCUGAUCAAACUCCGGUGGGCCACUAACCAGCUGCAGAGUUCAGCUUCGCUGGAAUCAAGUAUCCAGCUCUGCAGCCUUAUCACCAGCUGUGCCAACUCGCUGCGCAGCCUCAAGGAGCUCAGCCAGUAACCAUCAUGGCAAAGGCUGACACCCUGGAGCGCUGUUUCUACUUCUCCUGGAAUACUAUUGACUCUGGUCAACUGCUUUGCAGCAUCUCUGUUUGACUGACUCCUCGCAUAGAACUGAAUUUAAAAUUGGUCAGCAAAUGCACUCAAAACUAGAUUAAAAUGUCAUAAGUUCACAAGAUGCUCUCGAGCUAGCGUACUUACAUGGCUGAUAGAAAUGUUGUGUUACGUUGCUUCUGAAAAUGUCCCAGCACACACGUUUGAACAUUUGACUGUUGUCAAUUUGUAAGUUAUGGUAUGUCAAGUACUCAAAAUGUCUAAAUGCACAUUCGUAUGAAAUUAAAACCCAUCAGGCCGCAAACAUUUUAUAAGAAGACACUAGCUAUAAUCUAUAGUAAAGGACUGCUAAAUGUUUUCUUCCAGUUUAAUGGCUUUUGUUAAUCUAGAAAAAUGCCACCUCAUUGAUAUCUUGGAAAAUCACCACAUGCGCUUUCUGUCGGUAUCCAAAAUGCCAAAAUUCAAAGAAAAGCUCAACCUCUAUUGCCCAAAUGUCUGUAGAAUUGUGUGUGUGCAAACGCAACAGUACAAGGGUUAUAAACAGUAUACUCCUUGACUUAAAAGUCGUCAAUUAAAAUGUACAGACCGUUGGAGUAUUGUUGAAAAUACCAGUCAUCCGAUAAGGCAUUUUUGUAUUUACUGUUCAAUCUGGCUACAGGUUGUCAAUGUUUGCGAGCAGUUCUGAGGUUUUUAUUGUAAAUAUAUUUGAUAUCCGAUGGUGGUGAUGAUGGUCAUUUGACGCUCAGAUGAAUGUGACGUUCAGAAGUCAGUCGAAAUUGUUCAUUCAUUAUAACCAUCUGGAGCAAAUGAACCAGGCACUGUACCUCUAUAGACCGCACUUCACACCCAAUAAAAGCCACCUUCAGGGUUAAUCAA